GCAGGAUGCGACCCGAGUCCUCAUCGUGCUCAUCGAGCUCAUCGUCCCCUUCCUUGGCCAUUUCCUCUGAACAAUUGAAGUUAAAAUGGCGUCAAUACAGACUCAGAUCACGACGUUCGCGUUGCUCUUGCUCCAAAUUUGUCCAAGUUGGAGUGGAUGCCCGUUCCAAAACCCAUUUUGGUUCGCCGAGAAGCCCAUGGUUGUGCCAGUUCUAGAUGAGCAGAAUUCAGUGGUGCCGAACAAAAUUAGAUUGAUGUGGGGAAGAAUGGAGAAUUUCAAAUGUGUUGACUACUUCCAAGUGGAAUAUUUUCAACGGCAAAACCCGGGGGGAACGGUCCAAAUGACCUCGAGGAUCAAUCGGCAUCGCAGGAGCGUGGAAAUUGAUGUGAUCCCGUGUACCGAAUACUUCUUCAAAGUGAUUGCAUCCGAAGACUGGAAAGGAAUGCGAGAAGACUUCAAGAUGUUUUCCGAAGUAGUCGGCUACAAAUUGGAAUACACGCCAAAAUUUAUCACUCCGCCCACCGUUACCGAACGGAGAAAAGGUGAGAUGACUGAACUGGAUAGAAGAGCCCAAAGGCGGCGGGAACGGCAAAGGGUUCAGCAGCAAUAUCACAGCCGCUAUGGCGAGCCCAUGCCCGCAGAUGACGCCCUAGCUCCCCAAUUCACCGAAGCCCCCGAGGAGUUCACUAUCAAAGUGUCGUGGAAGCUCUCGGACAUCGACUACCCGGAAUGCUUGUCACACUUUGUCAUUGAUUACUAUGACACCCUAUACAACGAGACCGGAUUUUCUCGCACCAUCGGCCGGCCAUUCCAACAGCCCAUUGAUUUCGAGGUCUCCAGUGUGAUUGUACCCUGCGAAUUGGACUACGAGUUUUACCUCAGAGUCUUCGGCUUGACCAAUGAUCACACCCUAUCCUAUUGGACCCCGCCCUCUUGUAUCGUGACCACACCCGCUCCUACCUCUACGACCGAGCUGCCGGAGGUCUCAACCAUGCCUCAAAGUACAACGCCGGAUUUGUCGGAGCAAAUGGCCGAGAUAGAAGAAGAGAAUCAACGGCUUCAGUCCAAGAUCGAUGGCCUGAAGCAAGAAUACGAGAAGAUUGGACUUCAAGUGUUUCAUGCCUUCAAGGAAAGCUUCUUCCAAGGCCUCGAAGAUUUUCUGGCCAGGAGGAGAUCUGAGACUGAUGGCGUUUUUGGUGGCGGGGGAGGUGGCGGCUUAGGUGGGGGUGGCGGAGGCCUUGGGGGAUCUCCCAACAAUACCGAAGCUCUUUUCGGCUAAAGUGACAAAGACUGAGUUCAAAAUCAAGACCUGUCCAUUCAUGUAUUGCAUUGUGAAGCUCCUUUCGCGCAUUCCAAUAUUGACCUUGUUUCAACUUGGGA